AUGUCCGCAGCGCGGGCGGAGGGAAGCGCAGGGCGCGCUGUGGCCGGGCGGCGGCGCGCCUUCCUGGCCGAGCGGCUGCGGCCUCGGCGGCGCUGGGCUCCGGGAGCCGGGCCGGCGGCGGCGUGCAGGCCGAGGGCGGCGGCGGCUGGCGGCCAGACCGACGGGAAGGGCAGGGGAAGCUGUCAGCGCGUCGCCGGGCCGCUCCGGUGGCGAAACCUCCUCUUCCUGCCCCGGCUCGCUGGUGCACUUCUCUCUCUUUCUCUGUCGCUCACUCUCUCACUUCCUGGCUGGAAAUUCCCACUGACGUCGAGAGAGCAUACAGACAGACUGACACACGCGCGCACGCAGCGGGGGCGGGAGGUGGGGUCGCUGGCGGGGGUGGGGGAAGCCCGCAUUUAUGGGGGCGCCCUGCGCCCCAGGCCCGGCCUGGCUUCUGGGCUCGGCUCCCGCCCCUCGGGGCCGCUUCGGGGCGCCGGGCGAGGGGCGCGCGUUAGGAGGCCAGGACGCCCCGGUACCCUGCAGGGCUCUGGCUUCCCAGCCAGGCGCUCCCGAACCCCGAGGGCUGGAGCCGGUAGGGACGCCCCCAGAAAGCGCCUGCUGGGCCUGAUGGUCUAGGAACGCAGGCGGCGCGGAGGCGGCGGCGGCGGCGGUGCAGCUGAUAGAGUCAUGCGGUCCAGAGACCCUAAGGGCAGGCCCGAGCAGCUGGAGGGUCGGCAUGGAUCCAAGCAUGCCAGAUAUAAAAAUAAAGCUCAUCUGUAUAUUCCA